ACUUUAUUCCUGAAUAAGUUUCAUUCAUCAUUGUCUUUUACAAGUGGUGGUGGUGUUGUUGUUGUUGUUGUCACUUGGCGUUGAAUGAAGACCACAAAGCAAAACAAGUCGACUGAAAACAGUUAUUCUCGAUCAAAAGAUACCGUGGAAGCACAAUUGAUAGACCAUAUGGAAGCGUUCAACUUGCAUAAGAAAGCUUUAUCAAGAGAUUAUAUUGUGAAGCCUAGACUUGAGUAUAGAACAGUGUCAGCAGUAAAUGGCCCCUUGGUCAUUUUACAAAAUGUCAAGUCACCAAGGUUUGCAGAGAUAGUAAACGUAACACUGGGUGAUGGCAGUAUGAGAAGAGGGCAAGUGUUGGAAAUCAACGACGAUAAAGCAGUAGUGCAGAUUUUUGAGGGGACCACAGGCAUUGACAACAAGAAGACGGUUUGUCAGUUUACGGGAGAAAUAUUGAAAACACCAGUAUCCGUGGAUAUGUUGGGUAGAGUGUUCAAUGGUUCUGGAAAGCCUAUUGAUGGUGGUCCCCCUAUCUUACCAGAAGCUUAUUUGGAUAUUCAGGGUCAACCUAUUAACCCUCAGAGUCGAACCUAUCCUGAGGAAAUGUUUGAAACGGGUAUCUCAAGUAUCGAUGUGAUGAAUUCUAUUGCCAGAGGUCAAAAGAUUCCCUUGUUUUCCGGAGCAGGGUUGCCUCAUAAUGAAGUUGCCGCACAAAUUUGUAGACAAGCUUCGUUGGUAAAGCGUUCAGGCAAAGACGAAGAAGAUUUUGCUAUUGUAUUUGCUGCAAUGGGAGUGAAUAUGGAAACUGCACGCUUUUUUAGGCAAGACUUUGAAGAGAAUGGUGCUAUGGAAAGAGUCACCUUAUUCUUGAAUUUGGCAAAUGAUCCUACCAUUGAACGUAUCAUUACUCCUCGUCUGGCAUUGACUUUUGCGGAAUAUCUUGCUUAUGAAAAAGGAAAGCACGUGUUGGUUAUUUUGACAGAUAUGAGUGCAUAUGCGGACGCAUUGCGUGAAGUCUCUGCAGCACGUGAAGAGGUACCUGGAAGAAGAGGUUAUCCUGGUUAUAUGUAUACAGAUUUGGCAACCAUUUCUGGUCGAGCCGGUGGACGUGGCAGGGCUUCCAGUGUUCAAUUGCUCAUAUUGCCCAUAUUGACUAUGCUGAUAUGACUGAUCUUAUUCCUGCUCUUCCUGGUGUUAGAUGGUA